UCGUCGAUUCCAUCAGGUAAACAGCCACGACAGGGAGUGGAUUUCGUGCCACGAAAAACAACGAAAGGAAACAGAAACGUGAUAUAUGAGUAUAAAGGAUCGCAGAACGAUUUCGAUUGAACGAUCGUGCGAGCCAAAGUCACUCGUGGUCACUCGCACGAAUUCGAGAUCGAAUCGAUACGUUCGCCGGCGGAAGUUUGCAGCGUUCCGCGAACGGCGCAGGACGCAGCGAAUCCUUAAAUUUAAACGAUUGAACGAUAAUGUAGGGUACGUUUGGACGAUAGGUCGACGCCAUCGCAGGGAACCGUUUACGAAAUGUUCGAUUGCCUCACCGUAUGCAAUAGCGCUUGCAUAAGUUGCAUUUGGUGCAUUCUGUUCUCCACAUGGUAACGCGGCGUUUACCUCGGUGCCAAUAGUGCUUCCGACUUGAGAGAGCGAUCGUUUUACAGUUUUCCGCACCUGGUCAACGUGAGGGAUGUCGACUCGAGCGAGUGUGGCGAUCGGCGAAAACCGAAGGAGGAGAAAAAGAAAAUUUCGCGCAUCGUUCAAUGCUGUCUGAGCUCCACCGAAGCUCUCGUGUACCAUAGAACUCGCGGGUCAGGUCUCCCCAACGAGAAACCCGAGAAUUAUAAUCAUCAUUGGAGGUCUUCUCGUUCUCGCGUUGCAAAGUCAGCCGAAAUAUGCGAUAUCCGAUUAAGACGGAAAGGAAAUCUCGUCCCGUGAUCCGGUUUUCCCCUUCCUCGAGGAUGGACGGUAAUUUGCCAUUUAUUCGGCAGUGGAACAAUCCAACGGAUAAGCGUGAAUGAAAGAUAAAGUAAUCUAAUCAUCUACAUACCGUAUAUAUACCUGCCGAGAGUCGAUAGGCACCAAACGUUGGUCUCGCGUAAUAUUUGCCAAUCGUCCCUCGUUCGCAAAAUAAAAGUGAUCAUGAAUUUUGUCUACGUCGCUGUGUUGAUUACGGUUCUCGCAUUGGUCCAUCCAAUUUGGUCCAGAGUCGAUUGCGAGAACGACAAGUGCAAGGAGAAAAAACAACGACAUCCCCUAUGCAGAUACAGGGAUCCUGAACCGUCGCCAUCGUGUGGCACCGUGAAGGAGGCAGGAGUCACGCGGCAGGAACAGAUGGAUAUCGUUAACACUCACAACCAGCUCAGAUCGUACGUGGCGCAGGGUUUCGAAUCGAGGGGUGAUCCGGGACCGCAGCCACCGGCGAGUUCUAUAAACGCGCUGAUAUGGGACUACGAUUUGUCUCAGGCGGCACAAAGAUGGGUGAAUCAGUGUUCGUUCUCGCGACCCCCUUGCGCCGAUGAAUCGAGAUUUGACGUGGGAACAACGAUGGGCUUUAAAGGAGCCGAUGCCAAGCCGUCCGAAAUAAUCAAGGAUGUGUUUUACGAGCAAGUGGUACAUAUGAAUUCUUCAGAGGUGUUCGAACUCUCGGCGGUGAACGACACGGUAAAAGACUACGUACAAUUGGUUUCGUCGAACACGACCAGAAUCGGCUGCGGGAAGAUAAUAUCUACGGCCUAUAAAGGAAUGUGGACGUAUCUGCUGUUGUGCCUCUACGGGCCGACGGGAAAUGUAGUCGGCGAGCCGGUGUACGACGUAUCGGACUACUACAGACUAUACGCCGAGCUCGAUGAAGAGGAAGACAACGUCUCUCAAUUAGAUUACUGAUCCGUGUUACACUGUCGAUCAAUGAAUAAAUAAACGUAACGACUUAAUAAACGUGAGUUUUGUAACCGAAAGCCGUAUCCCGGAACCGUUCGUAUUGUCAAUCUCCACAAGCCGAAACGAAAUUCGCGGACAUUCAAUGCGCUGGCGUACGUAUAUAGAUGUAGCGCGCGUGCAGGUCUACAGAUUUUGCGAUUAAAAUUAACGGUAUGGCUGUAACAUUGGACGUUCGAAUUAUAUGCAGAACGAAUCUCGAAAAGAGUAGAAUCGUUAGAGCUAUGCGAACGACAUGGCCGAGUAGAGGUAGGAUGAGAUUUGCGGGAG